CAUUUCGAAAACCUCCCGACGUUGCAACAAUGGAUUUUCUGGUCGGCGCGGCUGCGCUGCUUGCGUUCAUCGCGAUGCCUCUGUCGCUCCACACUGUAAAUGAAGGGUAUGUGGGUGUGUACUUUCGCGGCGGGGCGUUGCUCUCGGAUGUGACGUCGCCCGGGUUCAAUUGGAAAAUGCCGUUUGUAACGUCGUGUUUCCACGUGCAAGUGACUGUUCAAACCGAUCACGUCGACAACAUUCCUUGCGGGACGAGUGGCGGCGUGCUCAUUUCAUUCGACAAGGUGGAAGUCGUGAAUCGUCUGCGCACCAAGGACGUGUACGACACGAUCAAGAACUACACGGUGCAUUACGACAAGACGUGGAUUUUCGACAAAAUUCACCACGAAAUCAAUCAAUUCUGCAGCAAGCACACGCUUCAGGAAGUGUACAUUGACUUGUUUGACACACUGGACGAAAGCCUGGCCAAAGCAUUGCAGCGCGACUGUAACGAAUGGGCACCUGGGAUCGAGAUUAUUGCCGUGCGCGUGACCAAACCCAAAAUCCCCGAGAGCAUUCGCCACAAUUACGCCGACAUGGAACUCCAAAAGACCAAGCUGCUCAUCGCCCACGAAACCCAGCGGGUGAUUGAGAAAGAGGCCGAAACGGACAAGAAGCGCGCGACGAUCGAGGCGGAGAAAGUGUCGGCCGUGAGCAAGAUCAACAUGCUCAAAGAAAUCGCGGAAAAGGAAUCGAUCCAAAAGAUUCACGCGCUUGAAGAUAUCAUGCAUGUCGACCGUGAAAAGGCAUGGGCGGAUGCAGAAUACUACAAAUCGACUCGGGAAGCUGACGCGAAUGCCGCUCGCUUGACGGAAGCAUUCCUCGAAUACACUCGGAUUUUGAGCCUAACCAACAACACCAAGAUCUGUACGUUUUGCAAUGAUCGCAUCCCUUCUCUGUUGUAUUGAUCACUCACAUUGGGUUUAUUGGUUGACGUGUCAUGUGUAGAUUUUGGGGAGAAAAUUCCGACGAUUUUCACCGCCAACAAGGAGUAGUUCAAGUUGUUUUCGUGGGGCGGUAUUAUUGUACUGGGCCGCAGUAUUCAUGCGACCCAUCCCCACGACAACAGACGCGUCCUUGGUCGCCCAUGCAUUCCACCGUGAAUAGAAUAAAAAAUCCGGUUGUCCCUUUGACUUGGUAGGGUAAUGGGUGUGUGUGACGGCGGCAUGGGAUCUGAAGCAUGGGGGGAUGCCUUGAGAUGUGUUUUGAACCCUUCAAACGUCGAGGGAGAGCCCAAAGGACGAGCAAUCCCCGUAGUCCCAGUUGCACGCGCUGGAGUAGCACACCAUGUCGCAGCGAUAAUCGCCCAGGAGUUCGGUUUCGCAUUGCUUUGCGCAUUUCGGAAGGCAAUACGAGAGGGCAGCGGAGUUGCAAAAGGGCGUGUCGUCCAGAAUGAGUUGACGGGUCGUGAGCAGUUGGGGGUUGAGAGAGGGGGGAAGGGCGGCGAUGGGGUUGGAACUCAACUCGAAUUGAACUCCUGGCAGUAGCAUGACAAAGUCGAGGGGGACGUGGUCAAAGUGAUUGGCACUGAGAUCGACCGACGUCAGCAACGACGGAGACGUUCCAGUCACGGGAUCGAUCAACGGCACGUUCGUGAGCUCGUUGCCGCGCAAUUCGAGGGACACGAGCUCUUGAAACGUGGCAAUAGACGACGGAAUCUGGGCCAGGUGGAGGUUGGACAGCGACAGCGACGACACGUUUGCCCAUGCGAUGAACACUGCGUCUGGAAUGGACGUGAUGUGCCCCCCUUCGACUCGAAGGUAGACAAUGUUCGGGGGCAAGACGGCAAACGCCUGUGGAAUGUGCUGGAGGUUGCUGCCCCGGAUGUGAAGCACCGUCAAGCUAGGGGGCCACGUCAGUCCGAUGGGGUCCAGUGGCCAGUCGGUGAUGUUGGUCAUGUACAGAAACACGGCAAAGAGCGACUGGAACGGUUGGAGGGCGGCGAUGGGGACGCCGUGGGGCAGGUCGCACCGGCGCACGUUUAGCGUAAACAACGAAGUACCAAUGUCCCUUGGGUGGAUAUACUCGUCCACGGUGGUGCCACGUAUCCCCCGCAACGCACAGUUGAGUUCAACGUGGACGCAGCUGCAGGUCAAGUCCAACCACGGAGACGUGGCUAACAUACAAUAGUCGGGGCAGGGGGUGCGGAGGAAGUUGGCGGCGCCCGCACACGCGACGAUGGUGAUGCCCCAAGCGAGAUUGGCGAUCAAAUACCAAAGCAUGUGUCGGCGGUGGCGGAAUUGCAGACUAAAACUGUCCAAGGGAAGGGCUGCUGGGGGACCGCAGACGAUCGCGGCGGGCGGGGAGUAGCGCGAGGGAUAGCGCGUGGACGGGGCCUUGGUGGUGACCGACUGCACGAGGCUCCGGAUGGAUACACAGCUCAAGCACUGGGACGCGAUCUUGCUAAAGAGGUCCGCGGGGGACGACACCAUAAUGUACCGACCUAUGAGGAGGCUCACCGUGACGAACUUGUCGUCGUUUUGAACGUGGCGGUCCAGGAUGACCAGCCGAAGCGCUUGGAAAAUGAAGAGCGCGAUGGGAAACGCCGAGUUGAGCACGAACCCCAGGGCGUUGUUGAUCAGCAGCACGAGCGACCGCCGCGCCACUGUAUGCUUUGUGAAGAGGAACCACGGCGUCACGAGGCAGUACGCGCUCACGAGCAUUGCAAAUGACAUGGCGUAUCGGCGGUCCACUAAAAAGAACGACAUGCGCCCGGCUUGGUACGACUGGCUCACGACAUCGAUCGUGUGAAACAAGGUGAGCUGGGUCGUCGGCGACAUGAUGGAGUUCAGGAACCGCCCGACUGGGCUGGCGGCGCCGCGACGUUGGAGGCAGCACACUCGACGAACAGUCCACGCCAACCCGUACACGUGCAUCAGCGACAGCAGCCCCAUGAUGGUCCCAACAAUGCCGGGGGCGUACGCCUGGACAGAUCGUAGGUCUUCUUGAUUGGCACUCUUGUACGUGACGCUGAUUGAGGCAAAGUACACGGCGGACGUGACGUGUCUUGUGAAGGCCAACACGAGGAUUGGGGUUUUGAAGAGCGUGGUCAACUGCGCUGACGUGACACUCGCACGGAGAGACGACCUUUGCAGCCUGCUCAUGUCAAUAACGCGUCUACUUUUUCGUCCUUUCGUAGCACAUG